AUGUUAGUUGAUAUUGUUUUAUUUGUAAGUUGUCAAGGAAUUGGUUUUAGGGGACACGACGAGACAAAAGAUUCUUUAAAUCAAGAUAUUAAACUAACAACUAAAAAGUAAUAACUAAUAACUAAUAUUACUAAUAGUCUUAAAUGAUCUUAAAUGUAAAAUAUCUAAUUAUGAUAAUUAUUUGUAAAAAAUGAAUAUAUUUUUAGAAACUUUAAAGAAUUUUGUAAAUUGUUAGCAAAAAGUAAUGAGGAAUUUGGAAAAAAAUUUAAUCUUAAAACCAAUUACUCAAGUCAUAUAAUUCAAGAUGAACUUAUAAAUAUAUGUGCAGAUGUUGAGAAAGAAAUAAUUGUGAAAGAUAUUGAAGACGUUGAGGUGUUUGGAAUUAUAUGUGAUGAAGUAAGGUGA